AUGACCAGCGUGAUACGUUUAUUUACUCGCAACAAGUCUUACAAGCUCAUCCAAACGGGCCGUCCUAACUGGUCAAAGGCUCCUCCCCAAUUGAAGCAACGAUAUAAUGGGAUUUUCCUCAUACUUCUUUCUGUGCCAGUGAUUUUCAUUACCACGUACGAAAUGGUUCAGAGAUUAGAGGGCCGAAGCACAAAGAAAGUGCAACAAGGCGAAAGACGUGAAGACGGGACAAAGAGGGAAUUCUCCGAGGCCGAGAAAUGGCAAGUGGAAAAACAGAGUUUAUCUACCAAAAUAUUUGGUAAGGAUUUCUUUCUCGAUGGGUUCACCAGUAACACACUCAAGCAAGGAGAUCUGGAGAUUAAAGAAAAGACUGAAAACUAA